UUCUGGGCGGCCGCCCCGACCCGGGACUGGCUCGGGGAUGGGAAGUGAAGCCCCCGGAGCUGCGGCGGCGGCGGCGCUGUGAGGAGCAGCCAGGGGGAGGCAGCUGCGGCUCGUCGCACAGUGUUACCUUUCCUGCAGCAGAAGAACGAGCCACAGAAUCAAAGUUCCUUUACUAUUAUGGCAUCAAAGAUUUGGCCACGGUUUUCUUCUACAUGCUAGUGGCAAUCAUCAUUCACGCCACGAUUCAGGAGUAUGUGUUGGAUAAAAUUAACAGGCGAAUGCAGUUCCCCAAAGCGAAACAAAGCAAAUUUAAUGAAUCUGGCCAGUUUAGUGUAUUCUACCUUGUUUCUUGUAUUUGGGGCACAUUCAUUUUAAUUUCUGAAAACUGUCUGUCAGACCCAACUCUCCUAUGGAGGGCUCAUCCCCAUAAUAUGAUGACAUUUCAAAUGAAGUUUUUCUACAUAUCACAGUUGGCUUACUGGUUUCAUGCCUUUCCCGAACUCUAUUUCCAGAGAACCAAAAAGCAAGAUAUCCCCCGUCAACUUGUCUACAUUGGUCUUCACCUCUUUCACAUUGCUGGAGCUUACCUCUUGUACUUGAAUCAUCUGGGACUUGUUCUUUUGAUGAUGCACUACUUUGUUGAAUUACUUUCCCACAUUUGUGACCUGUUUUAUUUUAGUGAUGAAAAGUAUCAGAAAGAGUUUUCUCUGUGGGCAGUUGUGUUUAUUUUGGGUCGACUUGUGACUUUAAUUGUUUCUGUAGUGACUGUUGGCUUUCACCUGGCCGGGGGGCAGGAUCGGAAUUCGGAUGCUGUUACUGGAAACGUAAACGUGUUGGCCGCUAAAAUUGCUGUUCUGUCAUCCAGUUGCACCAUCCAAGCAUACAUAACAUGGAAUUUAUUUAAUGUCCAGCUUCAGAGGUGGAUGGAAGAAGACAAUACUCUUCAGGCCCCAAGUGUGAAGAAGAAACGGACUAAAGGGAGGUCUUCUAGAAAAGGAACAGAAAACGGUGUGGCGACUUCGAAUAGAGUAGACUCUCCCCAUAAAAGGAAAGAGAAAUCUUCAUAAUGAAUUACAAGCUAAUUGAUUACUGUCCCCAAAGAAGUCUGCUCUUUACUAUAUCUUUGUGUGCUACAGAUUGUUCUUGAAAAUACUUUGUGCCGUCUUUGAUUUCUGUUAUUGUACUGUGUAAUAUAUUUUUUUAAAGGCAUUUGAGGGGAGGAGGAUUAUUAUGAAUGGAAAAAAUUGAUAUAGACUAAGCAUCAUCAAAUGGUUCAGGGAACACCGCCAUAUUUUGUUUUGUUACUUUUGAACGUUUUCCUAAUUAUUUGUAGAUAUAACUAAAAAAUUCCGCAGAUCAGUGACAGUUUCUUGCUCCUGCCAAACUUUUAUAACAUUAGCAAGAUGGUCUGGUAUAGCACUGUCACAUUUUUUUAAUGUUCUCUUUUAGGAUAAAAUGGAAAUAUUAUAAAGGUGGGAUUCAACUUCAUUACGUUUUCAGUAUUCCCUAAUUCUUAGAAUUUUUAAAUUUUUGUUUAUUUUUUUUAGAACUUAAAACUGGAGAAAAGAUUUGUAAAAGCACCAAAAUAAUGAUGUGUUUUAUAGGUAGUGGUUGUUAAUAUUACAUCCCCAUUUAAAAAAAAAUAAUAAUGGGUAAUGUGUGGAGAUUUAUUACCAUAUAUUGAAUCAAAAUAUCAUGAACUAAUAUAAAAGUGUUACUGAAGAGGUAAAAUCAUUCUUGUCCAUUUUAAACACUUGUAA